AUGGUUUCAAUGAAAGGUUCCAUUGGUCCAGUUGUUCACCACUAACAUCCGUCUCACAAGAGAAGGUAUAGUACUGGUGACGAACUGUCCAAUUCCCUUAAAGCAGCAUCGCAAGACUAGUAAAAUUCAUUGCCGAAGCUUCCGGUGAUCGCUAACCGCCUCUCUGACGGCCUAUCAACGACCGCACAUAUGAGUAUGGCCCAAUGGGCGAGAACUUAACCAAGAAUGCACCAAUGAUAAUUUUGACAUAUACAACAAAUCGAAAUCGAAAGAAUCCUCCAUCAUUUAUUUUCGAAGAGUGACUAAGAGUCAUUUGCAGUCACAAUCUCUUCGUGCACGGAGGGUCGCUAUCACGCGUUUGUUAAAAUGAGCUGGAUUUCAUCUUGUGUGCAAAAUUCAACCGGCGGGGAGUAUUCUAAUCGGAAGUUCAGGAAGCCACCCGAACGAGAGAUAUGUACGUUUAUUUCGUAGAUUUAUUUCAACUUUCUCAUGUCGAUUUUGCAGUAAAUUAAAAUAAACUAGGUCAGGGCCUUCAAAUUUUGAUUUUAUUGUUUUGUUGUCCCUAAGAUGGCCGACGUGCUGGGAUCUCUUGCGUCAUCCAGACGGUCAGAGCGACAUUUUGAGCUCAAAAUGUGCAUUUUUUAAUCCAAGAAGUCUGUUAGAGACCCCGUUAAACGAGAUAUUCUAAACACGAUAGCAGAGCUAGCAAAAAUGUCUGUUUUUAUGGACAUUUUCUAGUCAACUUAGGCUAUCUAGAAGGGCAGGAAUUUUUCCAUUCCUAUACAUGGUGUGUUCCAUCUUUAUAUAGACCCUCGGUCUACACCUGAGGAGUUCUUGCCCUGGUAUUUGUAGUUACACAUUUUGGCAAGCUAAGGGUGCCACUUACUUCAGAUAGUCUCUAAAAACCUUUACCACUAUGCUGAGAUCCGUUUCAUUGCUAUAAAUUCUAAAAAGUUACCCCAUAUGGUAUGUCAUAAGCUUGAUUGAUCUAACAUCGAGCUGGAUGAAAAACUGCAGCCCGUUGAUUUAAAGCCCAUUAGCGGCUUCUUGAAGCCAGCCUUUCCGCUUAUAUCAGCCUUCAGUACGAGUUGCAGUCCUUUGUUGUUUUUGUUCCUUCGUCUCCUCUAGUUGAUCAACUACCACCGUACUGUCAUUUUUUAGGGAGAGCUAUUUACAGGCCAGCCAAAUGGUGCCUACACAGACCUUGCUGCAGCCUCUGCAACAACAAAUCGUUGUGGACCCCAACGCGGCACAGCAGUCGACGACGUUUGCUAUUCAGGCCAGCGAUGGCAGUUUGAUUCCCGUGCAGUUAGCCACUUCAUCUAGUGGCGGUCCCUUAAUUAUGCUUAUGCCCAGCGCUCAAACCCAGCAGACCAUCUACACUUCGCAACCGCUCCCGUCCGCUACAACCACGAUCGAUGGUACUCUAACGGCCCAAGGUCAGGCAACCAUCAUUGGAUCCACAGUUGAGGAUGAGAACCAGCUUCUCCAAGCCCAGCAGUCCCAACAGCAAUGUCAAGCGGCUAACCAGGUACAAAUUGUGCAUCAGCCUACAGCCAACCAAGUCGCACAGACGGUUACUGCGACACAAGUGCUACAACAAACGGCGACGGCGAAUAAUCAAGCGGCCGCCAAUGCUGCAGCCCAAGCUGCAAUGAAUAGUGCGCUGUCCGGUUCGGUUAGCGUUAGUGCUGAGGAGCCGCUCUAUGUUAAUGCCAAGCAGUAUAACCGGAUCCUCAAGAGGCGCCAAGCUCGUGCCAAGUUGGAAGCCCAGGGUAGAAUCCCGAAGGAACGGCGGAAGUACCUUCAUGAAUCCCGACACAAACACGCCAUCAAUCGUGUUCGGAACGCCGGUGGGAGGUUCUUCUCCCCUUGUAAGGAGAACAAUGUGAACCAGGUUGCGUCUCAAUACGCUCUUUUCUUUGGCAACUAUUCAUAGAUUGCAUGUCAGUUUUGUUUAACGGUGACUUUAGUGAUUACGAUUCAACAGCAUGUAGGGUUUGCAUUUCUUGGUUUAGUUUUUUCUUGACGCAAGCCUAGCUUGCAGAUUACUCCAAUUCUCGCCUACUCUGUGCAUCUAGCUUGAAUUUUUGCCAAAGAAAUAGCAUUUGAGCAAUAACUUCUCUGUUAACUACUUUGCUUAGUUCCCCUUUUUUUCUAUUUUUAGCUUACCAAAGGUCAAACUAA